UUUAAUAUGACCACGGAUAUCCAAAUUGCUCAAGCGGACUACACACUGGGCCUUUUGAGAGAGGCUGCAGUGCCGAACGUAACAAUGGUUCUCUCAGCGUUUUCCAUCACCUCAGCUUUAGCUGUCGUGUAUCUGGGAGCAGGCGGUAAUACGAAGGAAGAGAUUCGCAAAGUGCUCGCCAAAGGUGAUUUUUUUUGUUUAGGCUCUAGCGACGACGAUUUUCACCGUUAUGUUUCACAAAAUAUCAAAGGGAUUGCAAAAGGGAGUGAUGAAUACACGUUAACCACUGCGAAUCGUUUGUUUUACAAUCAGAAUUUGAAGCUGAGAGAAGAUUAUGUUAAUGCUGUUCAAACGAUGUAUUCUGGGCAACUUGAAUCUAUUGACUUCUCAGAAUCGACACGGGCAACAGCGAAGAUCAAUAAUUGGGUAGAAAAACAAACAAAAUCAAAGAUAAAGAAUUUGGUGAAACCCGGUAUCAUUAACAGUGCAUUACGUUUGAUGGUUAUUAACGCAGUUUACUUCAAAGGAGACUGGGCAUCAAAAUUUCAAAAAGCACUUACAGUGAAAAAGCCAUUUUACAACGCCGAGCAGCAGAAACAAGAGGUAGAUAUGAUGCAAAAGUUAGAUCAUUUUGAUUACUAUGAAGACAGUGAUGUUCAAGUACUUGGGAUUCCCUACAAAGGCAAUGAAGUGACAAUGUUCAUUUUGUUGCCUGUUGAAAAGUUUGGCCUCGCAAAACUCUUUGAAAAAAUUAACGGAAAAAUGUUGAUGGAUUACACGAUGGAAGCUGUAGAGACCAAAGUUCAAGUGCAAAUACCCAAAUUUCGUAUCGAGAAGGAGUAUGAGCUGAAUCAGGUUUUGUCAAAAAUGGGUAUGCCAGAAGCGUUUUCAUCGAACGCGAACUUCAGUAAGAUGAGCAGUGAGCCUCUAUUUAUAUCCUACGUAAUUCACAAAGCAUUCAUUGAGGUUAAUGAAGAGGGUACAGAAGCCGCAGCUGCAACAGCAAUCGGAAUGACAAGGUCGAGUUUUAUUAGACCAGUUCAAAGUCCACCAAAGUUUAUUGCUGAUCAUCCAUUUGCGUUCAUAAUUGCGAAAAAUGGGAACAUUUUGUUUGCUGGGAAGUAUCACUGGAAAAUGGCUGCCGGGAUGGCAGUGGACCAAAUGGACUACACUUUGGGUUUGCUGAGAGAUGCCGCAGCACCAAAUGUAUCAAUGAUACUGUCAUCAUUUUCAAUUACUACAGCCCUGGCCCUUGUGUAUCUCGGAGCAGACGGAAACACAAAAAUAGAGAUGCAUGAUUUACUUGCAAAAAGCUCUAGUGACGAUGAAUUCCACAAUUACAUUUCUCAAAAUGUCGAAGAAAUUGGCAAAGAAAGUGACAGAUACACACUGACUAUUGCAAAUCGCUUGUUUUACAAAAAAGAGUUUACAAUGAAGGAAGACUAUGUCAACGCUGUUCAAACGAAAUAUUUUGGGCAGUUGGAAUCUUUUGAUUCUUCACAACCGACAGCUACAGCAGCUAGAAUCAACAGUUGGGUGGAAAAAGAAACAAAUUCAAAGAUUAAAAACAUAGCACAACCUGACAUUAUCGGACCUGAUUCGCGUUUAUUGGUGCUUAACGCAGUGUAUUUCAAAGCAAAUUGGGAAUCGCCUUUUCAGAAAGAGUCCACUGAAAAGAAGCCAUUUUAUGUUGCAGAAGGAGAGCACCGAGAGGUUGAUAUGAUGCAAGCAGUGAGCGAUUUUUACUAUUACAAAGACGAAGAUGUUCAAGUUCUUGGAAUCCCCUAUGUAGGCGGUAAAAUAAAAAUGCUCAUUUUGUUACCUGCUGAAAAAUUUGGACUUCAUAAAUUGCUGACAAAUACUGAUGGUAAAAAGUUGUUUAAAUACGUGAAUGAAGUCAGUUGGACGAGGGUGCAGGUAGAGAUUCCAAAAUUCCGUUUGGAAAAAGAGUAUGAACUAAAUAAUGUUUUAACUAAAAUGGGUAUGGUCGAAGCGUUUUCCUCAAAUGCAAAUUUUAGCAAAAUGACUACUGAAGGCAUUUUUAUAUCAAAAAUGAUUCAUAAAACUUUUAUUCAGGUCGACGAAGAAGGAACAGAAGCAGCAGCAGCAACGAUCAAUGUAGUCGCAGGAAGUGCUCCGAUAAGAACAGAACCACCAAAGUUCAUUGCUGAUCAUCCAUUUGCAUUCUUUAUUGCAAAAAAUAGUACAAUUUUGUUUGCUGGCAAACAUUACUAA